AGAAAAGAGCAUCAAAAAAGAAAACAGCCCAUGUCUGUUUUGACCACAGUCCGUUAUGGGUAAAACUUGGAAAAGUACAAGACCUCUUAGGAGGUCUAUUUUAACAUGCUCGUGCUUGAAGUUUCUUGUGUGUCAGACCUCAAAACCAAGGCACCUAGAAUAAUCUUGUCUUACAAAGAAAAGGGUCGAGACCCGAGAGUGUUUUGUUUAUAUGUUGAAAAAUGGAGAGGCAGUGGAAGUAGAAGUCUAGAACUGAUCAGGCCUGAGGGGGAAGGGGGGUGUGUGUUUUUUCUUUAAUCGUUCAUCUGUUUUGUAAGGACAUGAAGGGAGAUUCAUUUCCAGGGACAAAAAUUUGGAAUAAACCAUGUUGUGUUGCGAACACAACAAGACAGCUCCAAUGUAUACAAACACAACCCUUCCUAUCAAAACAAACAACAACAACAGCACAAAAACAUUCCACAAAUAUGGCUUCUUCUGUUUCCCACAACACUUUCUCAAUGAUUCCUAUUUUUGUUGCUUUCCUUGUUGUUGCUUCCUCUCUUGGCCCUGUCCUGUCUUCACCAUUGGUAUCAGAUUCCGGUCACCGGAAGUUGGCAAACCAUACUUUAAGGCCUGCUAAGGAGAUUCAGAAGCUAAGGAGAAUCAAUGCUUAUCUCAAGAAGAUCAGUAAGCCUGCUGUCAAGACAAUUCAGAGUCCAGAUGGUGAUGUCAUAGAUUGUGUUCUAUCUCAUCUUCAACCUGCUUUUGACCACCCUGAGCUUAGAGGGCAGAAGCCAUUGGAUCCACCGGAGAGGCCAAAAGGCCAUAACUCCACAGAAGCAGUCUCUGAAAGCUUCCAGCUAUGGACAGACUCAGGUGAAUCAUGCCCCCAAGGAACUGUUCCAAUUAGAAGAACUACAGAGAAAGACAUUCUGAGAGCAAGUUCUGUUAGAAGAUAUGGAAGAAGAAGACGGGUGCGGAGAGACUCAACAGGCAACGGCCAUGAGCAUGCAGUUUUGUUUGUGAAUGGAGAUCAGUAUUAUGGAGCAAAGGCAAGCUUAAACGUGUGGGCGCCUCGGGUGACCAAUGAAUACGAGUUUAGCUUGUCACAGAUAUGGGUCAUCUCUGGUUCUUUUGGCAAUGAUCUGAACACCAUUGAAGCUGGUUGGCAGGUUAGCCCUGAAUUAUAUGGAGAUAAUUACCCUCGAUUCUUCACAUACUGGACAACCGAUGCAUACCAAGCCACGGGAUGCUACAACUUGCUUUGCUCUGGCUUUGUCCAAACCAACAAUAAGAUUGCCAUUGGAGCAGCAAUCUCUCCAAGGUCUUCAUACAAUGGCAGACAGUUUGAUAUCGGAAUAAUGGUUUGGAAGGAUCCAAAACAUGGACAUUGGUGGCUAGAGUUUGGAUCAGGAUUACUGGUUGGGUACUGGCCUGCAUUCCUGUUCAGCCAUUUGAGAAACCAUGCAAACAUGAUACAGUUUGGAGGAGAAAUUGUGAACACUCGAUCAUCAGGGUUCCACACAUCAACACAGAUGGGCAGUGGCCAUUUUGCUGAAGAAGGCUUUGGGAAAGCAGCUUAUUUCCGGAACAUGCAAACUGUUGAUUGGGAUAACAAUUUGCUGCCUCUCACAAACCUUCGCCUCUUGGCUGAUCAUUCAAAUUGUUAUGAUAUCAGACAAGGUAGAAACAAUGUUUGGGGAACUUACUUUUACUAUGGAGGCCCUGGAAGGAAUGUAAGGUGUCCUUGAGUCAAACAGCAUAGGAUACAGGGUGAACCCAACCCCCAGUUUUUCUUUCUGGGUAUUUAGUUUUCCUCCUAAACCUUAACAUGGUUGGGGUUAUUUUUAGAUUUUUUUUUUUUACUCUAUUAAUAUAUAUUUUUCUUCCCCUGAUAGGUUGAUUUUCCCGCUUUGGGGACUAUAUGUAAAUUCUGGGGCAAAUACAAAUUGUUAAUAACACUGAGUUGCUGUCUGUUUCUUUCC